UGAUAUUGCUUCAUAUAAGUGGAACGUAACACUACGUGUGUGGAAGUGCAUCUAGGCCCUUUAGUCCUGUGGACAACUUACCACGUCCAGAUCAGAGCCUCUGCCCCAUUUCAGUGGAGCUGAACCCAUUUGUGCCCUGCACAGUCUACUAGUCCAUUCUCCAUUUCACUUUAGCACGUUUUGCCCAGGUUACACCUUGAAUCCAGGUUAUGGAGUCAGUUGCCAGUAUGCUACCUUGGCACAUACUUUAGAGAAGCAUUGCUAUAUUUCUGCACGUCGUGAUGUGAUGGUUCAGCAGUGCAGACAAAGUAGCUUUUUCAACAAAUUGACAGCCGAUGAACUCUGGAAAGGAUAUUUGGCAGAAGCCAGCACAGGUAAAAGGAAAGGAAGAGGGAAGAGGAGCAAGAAAAGGUUCAGGAAGAAUCUCAACAAAGGCCAGAUCAUUGGUGAAGGACGCUCAGGCCAUAUUUGGCCUGGCCUUAAUGCGCCAGUGAUGAAACCUGGAACUGUCGGGACAUUUACUCAGCGCAGCAAAGAAGAGCAGGAGAAACUGAUAUCUGAAAGAAUCCAGCAACGGGAUGAGUGGGACAAGAAAAGAAAAAUGCGAGUGAAGCAAAGAGGUUGGACUGGAGGCAGAUGGGGGGGUAUCAGCCUAGGCCCCCCUGAUCCAAGUCCCAGCGGAGAAACAUAUGAAGAUUUUGACUCCAGAGUGAUUGAGCUUAAAAAUGUAUUUAACAUGACCGCAAAAGAAGGAAGAAAAAAAACUGUUAGCGCCCUGGUGGCUGUUGGGAAUGGAAACGGACUUGCUGGCUUCGCACUGGGGAAAGCAGCCGACAGGACAGUCGCCUUAAGAAAAGCAAAGAACAGAGCUAUGCACAAUUUGCAUUAUAUCGAAAGAUACGACGAUCACACAAUUUAUCAUGAUAUUGCAACUACUUUCCAAAAAACCACCAUCCGGAUGAAGAAGCAAAAUAGGGGAUAUGGUCUUCAUUGUCACCGAGCAAUUAUCACCCUCUGUAAACUAAUUGGGAUUAAAGAUAUGUAUGCCAAAACUUCUGGAGCCAGGAAUGUACGGAACCUCACCAGAGCACUCUUCCAGGGAUUAUCAACGCAGGAAACUCACCAAGACCUAGCAGAUAAGAAAAGGCUUUAUGUAGUAGAAUUCCGCGAGGAGUGUGGCCCCCUGCCUAUCGUUGUUGCAAAGCCCCAUGGGGCGGUCAGAGAAGAUCCGGAGCCUGUGGAUGAAGUUCCUGAUGUCAAACUGGACUGGAAUGAAGUGAAGAUCGCACAGGGGAUGAAGAAGAGUCGCUGGGCUAGCGUCAAAAGGACAAUUUGGUAGCCUGGCAGCUCACCUCUUGGAUGUAUGAUGCGAAGGAGAGCCAGCAGAGUGCCAGGGUACCCAAAUGUUUUGCAAGAUGGGCAAAGGGGGUGAAGGUCCUACAGGCUUCUCUUGGGGAUUUCAACCAUUGUAACUAGCCAUUCAGAACAUCUUGGCCAUCUGUCUUCAGCUGACAAUUCUGAAUUCUGCUCUCAGUGCAGUUGGCUGAUGUUGCCACAGGCCAUGAAGCAGAAAUGAUUUUAUUUUGCGAAUGCCAUCUACUCUGUUCCACGGGGAAAGGAAUAACUUGAGAAACUGUCCAACCAUGUGGCAGAAAUAAAGCUGUAAUCAAUUGUU